GUUAUGUAUUAUUUUGCUUCUGAACCUGGAAAUAACGAACUGACGGUUAAUGAAGGAGAAAUCAUCACAAUUACAAAUCUGGAUGUUGGCGGAGGAUGGCUGGAAGGAAAGAACAGCAGAGGAGAACGAGGUCUUGUUCCCACAGACUAUGUUGAAAUUUUGCCCAAUGAUGCAAAAGAUUCAUUUUCUUGUGGAAAUUCCGUGGCUGACCAAGCCUUCCUCGAUUCCCUCUCAGCAAGUACAGCUCAAGCCAAUGCGUCAGCUGCCAACAGUAACAACCAGGUCAGCAGUGGCAAUGACCCCUGGUCAGCCUGGAGUGCCUCCAAAUCUGGAAACUGGGACAGCACGGAUGGCUGGGGAGCCAAGCCAGAGGGAGCUGCAGCCCAGAGAAACACUUCCAAUAACUGGGACACUGCCUUUGGUCAUCCCCAGGCCUACCAAGGACCAGCAACUGGUGAUGACGACGACUGGGAUGAAGACUGGGAUGACCCCAAGUCGUCUUCCCCCUACUUUAAGGACUCAGAGUCAGCCGAGGCAGGCGGUGCUGCGCGUGGGAACAGCCGUGCUGGUUCCUCGUCCAUGAAGCUGCCACUUAACAAGUUUCCUGGAUUUGCAAAACCUGGGAUGGAACAGUAUUUGUUGGCCAAGCAACUAGCAAAACCCAAAGAGAAAAUUCCUAUCAUUGUUGGAGAUUAUGGCCCGAUGUGGGUUUAUCCUACCUCUACAUUUGACUGUGUGGUAGCAGAUCCCAGGAAAGGCUCCAAAAUGUAUGGGCUGAAGAGCUACAUUGAAUAUCAGUUAACACCUACUAACACUAAUCGAUCUGUAAACCACAGGUAUAAACACUUUGACUGGUUAUAUGAGCGUCUUCUGGUUAAGUUUGGGUCAGCCAUUCCAAUCCCUUCUCUUCCAGAUAAGCAAGUCACAGGUCGCUUUGAAGAAGAAUUUAUCAAAAUGCGCAUGGAGAGACUUCAGGCGUGGAUGACCAGGAUGUGUCGUCAUCCAGUAAUUGCAGAAAGUGAGGUUUUCCAGCAAUUUCUAAAUUUCCGGGAUGAAAAGGAGUGGAAAACUGGGAAGAGGAAGGCCGAGAAGGAUGAGCUGGUGGGAGUUAUGAUAUUUUCCACCAUGGAACCAGAGGCACCUGACUUGGACUUAAUAGAGAUAGAACAGAAGUGCGAAGCUGUCGGGAAAUUCACCAGAGCCAUGGACGACGGCGUGAAGGAGCUGCUGACCGUGGGCCAGGAGCACUGGAAGCGGUGCACAGGGCCAUUACCCAAGGAAUAUCAGAAGAUCGGAAAGGCCUUGCAGAGUUUAGCAACAGUGUUCAGUUCUAGUGGUUACCAAGGUGAAACAGAUCUCAACGAUGCAAUAACAGAAGCAGGAAAGACUUAUGAAGAAAUUGCCAGUCUUGUGGCAGAACAGCCAAAGAAAGAUCUGCAUUUUCUGAUGGAGUGUAAUCAUGAAUACAAAGGUUUCCUGGGCUGCUUCCCUGACAUUAUUGGCGCUCACAAGGGAGCAAUAGAAAAAGUGAAAGAAAGUGAUAAACUGGUUGCAACUAGUAAAAUCACCCCACAGGACAAACAGAACAUGGUGAAACGUGUCGGCACAAUGUCUUAUGCAUUACAAGCUGAGAUGAAUCACUUCCAUAGUAACCGCAUCUAUGACUACAACAGCGUCAUCCGCCUGUACCUGGAGCAGCAAGUGCAGUUCUACGAAACGAUUGCAGAAAAGCUGAGGCAGGCCCUCGGCCGCUUCCCGGUUAUGUAGAACAGAACGGAACAUGAAGAAAACUCCGAAGUGCUUCUUUCUGACUCGGGGCAAUGCGAUUUAAUUUCUCCCCCCUAUCCAAAAGAGAAAGAAAGAAAGAGAACCAAAAAGAAAUAUGAGUUGCGAAAAACUGUGUUUAAAUGCAUCAGUUAUAUAGUCUUUCUACAUCCAUUAUUUAAACCAAUGGAAAUUGUCUCUAUUUUGGGAAAGUACUUAAAAUUAUCAGAAUUUUGAGUGGAAAAUUAGAGGUUCCUCCCACUGAUGUUUUAUAUUAAAUUGUAAUUUAUAAGUCACCCACAAUUUUCCAGUUCUUGCCCAGUGUCAGAUAAUUACUAAUUGCUUUCUUAAAAAUAUGAACUAUGCCAGAAUAAAAAAUAUAUGUUUGUAUAUUUUUAUAAUUCCUUUCAAGCCUUUGAGAUUCCUGUCUGUUUAGGAAAAUCUACCUGCCUUUCACUGACAUAUUUAUGACUCAAGUGCUUACGUUUUCAGGAGAGGAAGCAAAGAGGCACCCUCAUGUGCCUGUCAUUGGGCCUCACAGGCCUCACAUGUCCGAGGACGCCGCUUGGCAAAAGCUGAUGAUCAGGUUCCCCUGCUCCCUCCCUCCACCCCCACCCCACCCCGAAGUCUUCCACGAGGAGCGCUCUCUGUCCUCGCACGUCUUUCCUAAGCAUGGCACGCUGUGUGCUAAAAAGAAUAAAGUUGGGGACAUUUGUUUCAAAUGCUCUGUCUCUGUCUCCGGGGAUGGAGCGUGCUGACAUCAGUGCUCAGGAGAGAGCGCCCUGGGGACAGACAGGCCCCUCCAGAGCUCGCCACCCGUUUUCAGUUCUGAUUGUAGACGAGUGGGCCACUCGGUAUUAUCCGAAAAGACGAAACACGGUUUCAUGAACCUCUCCCACCCCACCUGGUGGAAGAGCCUAGGGACCCACCAGGGUGGCAGCCUGAAUGACAUGCGGUAAGCCCCAGAGCCGUCGUGUUUAACUACAGCAGGAUGGUCUUCCUGACUGGAACCUAAACUUCAGACAGACCUUUCCUGGUCACUAGCUGUUGGAACUUUCCUGAUCACUAGUACUUCAGUUCAUGGCGUAAAGCAGAGCGGAAUCUGCAGAGCCGCAGCUUUAAGUCUGAACACUCGCAGACACACUGUCCUCCCGCGGACGAGUGUUUCCGCCUUCCUCAGUGGCCUUACUGCGUCAUCUUCACUGCUUUUGUUUUUUGGACCUGAUAAUUAUAUUAUAGAAAACGGGAAGUUUGGGCCAGCACAAAUGAAGUGAAGCCAAAAAAUAAGUAGAAGAGGAAAUCAGAUGAGCACGAAUAUGAGAACGUCUCGUUCUUUAAUAUCACGGGUUCUUGUUAAUGUUUUUUAAGUAAUUUUCCCUACUCGAUUUUUCUUUUAUAAAAUCUCAUAGAACAGUGUUUAUGAUACAGCCAUUUAAUAUAUGUACAAAUUGUAAAGAAUAUGUAUAAAUAUUUUACACAAAUGUAAGCAUGUAGAAGCCAACAUAUAAUUGUUUUAAAAAACUGUACAGUAAAUUCUCAAAGCACUUUUUCAAAACACA